UUCGUUAUUAGACUGUUCGUGUAUAGUGAACCGAACCACACGUCAAAAUGUGUUAUAAAUUACUUUUUAUGUUUAUUAUAUUUCUUCUCAUAAGUGAUUCUAGUCAAAAGUUACAAAAAUCUGAUACAAAACCGUAUAUAUCAAAGUGUUGUCCCGCAAAAUAUUAUGUACAUAAUUUUGAGUGCAAAUCCAACGAAACAUUUGAUAAGGAUUUUUCAGAUAUCGAUGUAUAUAAUAGUAAUAGAACAAGAAUCAGAAGCUUGAGGGAUAAUUUUCAAAUUGUAUCUGGAAAUUUUAGGGAUCUCAUACCUAAUUUACCAAAUUUACAUUUUUACAUAAUCGAGAAUGGAAAUCUCGAUUUACUUUUUCAACAACCAAAUUCAGCGCCCGAGGUGAAAACAGUAAACAACGACAAAUUUUGUGUCGACUAUGAACUAACAUCGGACACAUUUUCACCGAUAUUCGGUGCAAUAUUUGAAGAAGAACCUCAGAAAGAUACGGUUUUUACAAUUUUAGCUCUGUUAACAUCCAGCAUAUUCUUGUUAUUGGUGCUCAUAAUUUAUGCACUUCUGAAAGAAUUAAGGAAUCUAAAAGGCAAAAUUCUCAUAGCCAUUGUCUUCAGUUUAAUGAGUGCCUUUAUUUUAUUGGCGACGUUGAAAAUUAUUUUUAACAAUACAAGUGUCCAAGUAUCUGAAGAAUUUUGUUAUGGAUUCACUGCGUCCAUUUACUUCCUUUUCUUGUCUGCUUUAUGUUGGAUGAACGUCAUGUCUUUUGACAUCUGGUGGACAUUAAGGAUGACUACUCGACGAACAGUACGUCGCCGUGAAGGACAUUAUAAGUUUACUGUCUACUGUAUCUACGGUUGGGGCAUGCCGCUCGCAAUGGCCAUAGGUUUGAUCGCUAUAGACGUAUCUGAGAUACCAGAGAGUAUUGUCAAACCUAAUAUCAUACUAAACGGAUGCUUUCUAGCAGAUAAAGCAAAAUUAUUGUACAUGGAUAUUCCCAUGCUGUUGUUGAUUUCUAGUAAUUGGAUAUUCUUUCUGGUGACGGCAUAUAACUUUUGGUGUUUUGGAAGAGAAACUCAGAUGCUUAAUCACAAUAACGUAAACAAACAUCGCAAGAAAAGAGAAAGAUUCUUGGUUUAUUUAAAGUUAUCUAUUGUCAUGGGAAUAAGCUGGGUUACAGAAGUAAUCAGUACAUUUUUACCAAAUUUGAUGAUGUGGUAUAUUACUGAUGCAUAUAAUAUGUUCAUUGGUAUUGCAAUAUUUUUCAUAUUCGUAUGUAAGAAGGACAUUCGAAUCAAAUUGGCUAAACGGUUUCUCUGCUGCCCUGCCGCCUCAUACAAAUCAUCGGCUCUCUUGCAAACUCCGUCGAGUUCUUGGUAGACGUUUACCAAAAAAUAUCUAUAAAGAUAUUUUACUUCUAUAUAAAUAGACAUUAUAUUUAUUUAGGGUCGAACCCAUUGUAUUUGUUGCGUAUGACGACAACGCAAAAUGAUUAAUAUGAAAGAAAUGUAAAAUGUAAAUGUAAAAUUAACAAGCGUUGCUUAGCUUAACUCAAAUAAUGUGAAAUUAAUAUUAGAGAACAUUCUAUGUGGAGUUAAUUUUUUUUUGUAAGUGUAUGUUUUAUGAGAAUGUUGAUUUAUAAUUAAUGUUUUUUUUUAAUGAUAAGAAAAUAUCUGAGAUUGUUGAGGUAAUUAAUUUUGUCUUAAAUUAAUAUAGAUAAAAGAGUAGGCAAUAGUUCUGAGCAAGAACUACAUGUCCGUCUCAUUUGCACGACUGGCAGCCGCUUUAGUGUACGGACGGCGUGCCGGUUGAGCUCACUCAGGUGGGGACAAAAAUAAUGGGAAUUUGUAUAAAAGGGUGCCUAAUUGUUGGGUGGUAAGACGAGGUGCGAUCUCAUAGGAGACACCCUCAGGAUAGACGUCACUUGGAGCCCGGAGUGUACUUUACAUGAACGAUGGAGUAAUUCCCACAUUUGUGAUUGCUUACUUUUGUCGACUUAUUGUUAAUCUUAUACGUUUCUGGAAAGCAUAACCACAACAGCUGCUUCAACAACAAAUACUUCUAAGCUCGAGCUAAUUCUUAUUAAACAGCUCCGAACCGUAAGACCCCUUAGAAUAUGAUACUUAAUAUUAAAGAUUAUAUGAAUUAUCUAUAUGAUUAUUACAGACUGCAUCGAGAUAUCGUUGCUCAAGCGUUCGAAUUGGUUUGUAAGGCCGUAUUCAUGUGCGAAAUAUUUUUGUUUUUAUUAUUUGUAGUGUUCAUACCGUCGGUGUAUAAUCGCUAUAGUUCGAUUUGUCUCAUUAGGUGUAAGUUUUUAAAUACAACGUCAGAGUUAUGCAAAAAGUAUUUAGUUAAAAGU